AUGGAUCAAUAUACUGAUCAAUUGAAAGGAAGCAACAGCGUCAAACCAGUUAUAGGGCUCAGUGCACGUAUGAUGUCGGAGUUAGACAACAAGAGAAGACAGCAGCAGUUCCCCAGCUCAGGUAAUUCGACAACAAGAGCUUCUCCUAACAAACAGCAUAGGCCAACGGGAAGAACAAGGUCAAAUUCUAGAAGUAGCGGAUCAAGAUCACAAAGUGACUAUGACCAAUUUACCCAGGAAGUGGAGCAAUCUCAAUUGCUGUCCCGUUCAAUUCCUAAUAAUCCAAUUGCUACCACUUCAGCUCCUAUUACGAAUGUAACAGUGCAGCCUCGUAGCAAAUACAUACAUAUCAUAGUUUUGAAGUCUCUAAAUGCCACAUUCGAAGCAAAAUACCUUGUGGUACCUUUCAAGCCGGAUAUUUUAAAAUUAGGUAGACCUGUGGUCAACUCAAAUUCUGGAAAUAAUAAUAAUACAACGAAUAAGAAAGAUUCAAAUGCUCUCGUGAGACCAGACAACGGGAAUUUUGACUCUAGGGUUCUUUCGAGAAGUCAUGCAUGUCUAAGUUGUGAUGCAUUGACAGGUAAGAUAUAUAUUAGGGACCUGAAGUCGAGCAACGGAACUUUUGUCAAUGGCAGUAGAAUUAGCCAAACUGAUGUAGAACUGAAGAUCGGUGAUAUUAUUGACUUAGGAACAGACAUUGACAGUAAAUUCGAGCACAGGAAAAUAAGUGCUCUUGUUGAAGAAAUAUCCGUGAUACCUUUAAUUAAUAAUAUCUCGCCUGAAUUCAAUGGCGAGAGUGAUAUUGGACAACAAGAUCAAACAAAAUCCAAUACUAACGACAUCCUUACUGAAAAUAAAAUAAUUACAAAUAAUAAUUCUCAAGUAGAAGUCACUGCAACAACAGCACAAAGAGCUGCAUUCGAAGCGGCAAUGUUUGGUGACGUCAACAAUUUAGAUUUAGAGGACUCAAUAUUAGGUCCAGAAACUGAAAUUCUGAGUGGCAUAUUUAUAAAUAACUCAAUUGGUACUAGUCCCAAUCUGAUAAAUAUUAUUAAAGCACUAUCAACAGAAAUUGCAUUAGAAAAACAGGAAUUGGCCAAAUUAAAGUCAAUGGAAAAUUUUCUUGUAAACUAUACUACAAAUCUAGACUAUAUCAAUAAAUUAAUGGUUGAUAUGAAUGAUAAACAGUUAAUCAAACUGCAAAAUACUUUAAAAAAAUCUUUCAACGAAAAGCAUGAAAUUUAUAUUAAAGAAACCAAAGAGAAGUUUGAACGUUUCAAAACGGACAAAGAGCUCUUGAAAGCAAGGAUGGAUGAGAAGGAAACAGUAUAUAACAACCAAUUGAAGAAGUUAGAAAUGGAAAUCGACGAUAUGAAGACAAGAUUGGAAGUAGAGAAAUAUAAAAACUCAAAAUUUAACCAAAAGGACUCUAAAACAGUCAAAGAUGAGAGCGAAGCAACUAGUGAUACUGACGAGAUGGAGUCAUUCCAAGAGGAUGGGAGCGUCAAAAAAGGACAAAACUAUGGUAAUAGGAAAAAAACAGGUAAAUUCGUGGCUAUAUCGGCUGCAUCUGCGGGUGUGAUCGCUUUACUAAUUAAACUGUCUUUAGCAAAGGCCUAA